GCCUCUCACGCUCCUCCUCCUCCGCCAUUACUCCAGGCUAGCCUGUUAGCUUCAGCUGCCACCGCUGUAAGUGUCCAGAGCCGCGGCUGUUCACGUUAACCGUCACUGUAACGCUGUCUGUUGAACGCACCGAGUGGACCGAACUCUGUCCAGUAAACAAAACAACCCGCCGUAAAGUGCUCCUUGGUGGCGUAGUUUAUGACGUGAUGGACAGCUAACUGGUGGCUAACGAUCCGGCUAGCUCCAGGAGCCGGGGGCAGGAGCUCCGGUGACGGACGUCCUCUGGUGCUGCUUCUCGUGCUCGUGGACUCGUCGAUUUGACCGCGUUCGCUUUGAUUUGGAGUCGUCGCGGACGGUACCUGUUAGCGGUUAGCUGAGUGAAUGAGCGGUUCGACUGACCCGGUUAAGAACCGCUAAAACCCGGGUGGUGAGGAUGACGGUGAUAAUGGGUCAUGCUGAGUGAGGGUUGGCAUUUCCUCCACGCCUAACGCAGCAGAAGUAGCAGCAGCCUGGUACCGGCCAGUCAAAGCGGACUCUCUGGGGGUUCGGUGGUGGAGGAUGGCAUUUCACGGCGCGGGCCGACAGAACGUCUGUGGGGACCUGUUCCCGGGCUCUGACCUGGGCCACAAGUAUUUCUGCGUCAACUCCUCCUGCGGAGCCCCCUCCACCGGCCUCAGCGCCACGCCGUGCCUGACCGCACCCACCGCGCCAGCCGGGACCCCUCGGCACCCCACGGCUCUUGGAGGAAGCACGGGUGGCGGAGCGGCAGUGCCUCAGCCUUACAGCAACCCGGCCAGCGAGGUGCCCAGCCCCGCAGAGAUGGAGCCGGACCGGCCCAUUGGUUACGGGGCGUUUGGUGUCGUGUGGUCAGUGACUGAUCCCCGUGACGGACGCAAGGUGGCACUGAAGAAGAUGCCCAACGUCUUCCAGAACCUGGUCUCCUGUAAGAGGGUCUUCAGAGAGCUGCGGAUGCUGUGCUUCUUCAAACACGACAAUGUUUUAUCAGCGCUGGACAUUUUACAGCCCCCACAAAUCGACUGCUUUGAGGAAAUCUACGUGAUAACAGAGCUGAUGCAGAGCGACCUCCACAAAGUCAUCGUGUCUCCUCAGCCUCUCACCACCGACCACAUCAAGGUCUUCCUCUACCAGAUCCUCCGAGGUCUGAAGUACCUGCACUCUGCUGGGAUCCUGCACAGAGACAUCAAACCUGGAAACCUGCUGGUCAACAGCAACUGUCUGCUCAAGAUUUGUGACUUUGGCUUGGCGCGGGUGGAGGAGCCUGACCCGUCACGUCACAUGACUCAGGAGGUGGUGACUCAGUAUUACAGAGCGCCUGAGGUGCUGAUGGGCUGUCGACACUACGGCUCGGCCAUCGACGUGUGGUCAGUGGGCUGCAUCUUCGCAGAGCUGCUGGGACGACGGAUCCUCUUCCAGGCUCAGAGCCCGAUUCAGCAGCUGGACCUGAUCACAGACCUGCUGGGAACUCCGCCUCUGUCGGCCCUGGCCUUGGCCUGUGAAGGAGCCCGAGCUCACAUCCUGAGGGGGCCACACAAACCGCCGUCGCUGUCGGUGCUCUACAUGUUAUCAGACGGAGCGACACACGAGGCCGUGCACCUGCUCUGUCGCAUGUUGGUCUUUGAUCCGGCUAAAAGGAUCUCUGGCAGCGACGCCCUGUCUCACCCGUACCUGGACGAAGGGCGUCUGCGUUACCACACCUGCAUGUGUCAGUGCUGCUACUCUGUUCCCAGCGGCCGAGUUUACACGCGGGACUUUGAGCCGGUGGCCGAGCGUCCGUUCAGCCACAGCUACGAGAACAGUCUGCUGUCCGUGUGGCAGGGAAAAGAGUUAAUCCACCGCUUCAUCACGGAGCAUCAGCAGGGCAAACGUGUGCCGCUGUGCAUCAACCCGCAGAGCGCCGCCUUCAAGACCUUCAUCAGGUCCACGGCGUGGCACUCGUCCAAGGUUUCCAGGAAGGAGGAGAGAUGAGCAGAUGAUUCCGAGCACUUUGUUCGUCUGCUUCUCCGUUCUUUAAAAAAACAAUAAAACAAAGUGUUUGAGGAGAUUUAAGAAAAAAAAAGAAAAAAAGAAGAAGCUCCCUCUGAAAAUCCUCAAAUCUUUUUCCCGACAAACGAUUCCUGACAUUGAAGAAGUGUUGUUAAUCUCCUGCUAGGAUUCUGACGCUCGACCAGGUUUUCGGUGCUGGAUUCUAAAAGUUUUUUUUUCUUGUUGUUUUUUUUUUAACGCUGCUCGAGGACGAGCGAGACGGUGAGAAAGACGUUUCAUUCUUUAUCCACUUUGAUUUUUGGUUUUGAGUCAUUCCAGCUCUGUGCAAUAAGGUUCAACAACAAGGCAAGGCAGAUCACUCUGAGGAACCGGAUCAUCCUCAUCCUCAUCCUCAUCAGCAUAUAAAAUCACCUUUUCAGAAAGCGUCGCUCACUGUGUUCCCGCUGCUCUCUGCCUUUGUGCGUUGACGCAGCGCUAAUAAUGCAACGUAACAGAUGUAGCAGGUUUUAACCACGCCCACUCUCCUCUGGCAGUGUUUUUUUUUUACUGCGACUUCUUCCGUACGAGACGGAGACGACAGCUGGACGUCGGAAAGGAAAAGUCGGGAACAGGAUUAUUCCUCUGUCUUUUCACCGUUUUAAAACCCGUGUUUUGCCAAAACUAGAAAAGUUUAGCUGCUUUGUUUUUUUUGUGGUUUCUUUGUCGACCUCCACGUGUAACAUUCGACCUCAGCGUGAACCCAUGAACCUGUGAACACAUGAACGCUUGAACACACCUUUCAAGUUGCCCUGCUGGGCGUCAGUGGAGAGGAAGAGGAAUCGUUUUUCCUGUUUUGUAAAUUUCUUAAUUUAUUGAGUGUUUGUUGAAGAGUGUAUGUCUCCGCCCCACCACUUUCACUCCGCCCCCUCUCUGUGUUUGUGGGAUUUGUGUUUGGGGAACUCCUCCCUUCACGUCUGAACCGCUGUUAUACCUCGUUUAGCAUCGCGCAGAGUCGCUCACGCAGAGUCGCUCUCGCCGCGCUGAGUCAUUCUCGCCGAGUCGCUCUCGCCGCGCUGAGUCGCUGUGAGGUUUGAAAAUAACCAUGUUGUCCAUGAAAUGCUGCUGUUUUGUUUUUUAGUUUUCUUCUGGUUGAGUUUUGGGGCUCAGAUGUCAGCUGUCAAUGAUCAGUGUUGAGAUGAGAUUCUACACUGUAAAAAGAGAUGCCGUUGUAUCUGCGGAGGUUUGUGAGGAGAUGAUUGACAGUUACCUGUCGACGCCCACUUCACUACAAGCAAUUCAGAAUCACUGCGGAUUGAAUUUUUUUUUGUUUGUUUUUUUAAUGAAAAAAAAGCUUAAAUUUUAAAAGUAGGUUAGACAAAUGUGCUGUGUUUUUAUUUCAAAAUAAAAGUGGUUACCAACGGUUUUAGCUGUUGACGCUACAGUUUGUUUGAUAAACCUAUAACUAAAUGUUCAUUAAACAAUGUGAGUCAGUCUCUUGAGAAAACACGAGAUCACACGAGAAAACACGAGAUCACGUGUUUUCCGAAGACGCUCAGGUGUGAAGUAACAAGUCCGUGAGCUGAAGUCAUCUUAAGGUUUAAAUGUUCAGGUUUCGUCUGUCGCUCAUUUUCUUAUUUCUGCGUAGAAGCGUUUACGUGACCACGAGAAGUUUGGCUCUUUUUCCACUUCAGGAACUUUGCCGGGAACCUUUUUUUCAGGAUCUCAGGAACUUUUACAUAAAAACGUCAAGUUGUGCUAACGGUGCCGGACGUUUGCGGGAAAAAAGGAAGAACGUAAGAAAAAGGAAACGUGACGCGGUUUUAUUUCCUGUUAUUUUGAACCUCAUGAGAGGUGAAGGAACCUUUGCUUCCUGGUUUCGGUUCCUGUGGCUCCUCACUUCCUGCUGCCAAGUGGAUCCGAUUUUUUUGCCACUGAGGGCCCUGCCCAGCACCUCUAGCUCCUCCCCCUCCAGGAUCAGAGUAGUGUAUAUCUGCAUGUGUAUAUUUAUUAUCCCGCGGAGAGUUUUUGGUUUAAAUGCUGUGCAAUGGUUGAUUUCGCGGACGAUGUCGGAAACGGACGUUUGGUCUUUUUUUUUUUUCAAUUGAAUUUUAUCUUUAGGGAGUUUUUUUUCUUUUUAUUAUUCCUUUUUCUUUCUUGUGAUUUUACCUUUUUAUCGAGUCCAGAGUCAAAAGUUGUGAUCGUUUGUUUGCUAAAGCAAGUUUAGCAUUUUUAUUAUUUCUGUGUGUGUAUGUGUGUAUAUAUGUAUAUAU